AUGAGUUGUUCGGUGUCGUCAACAUCAUCUUCCUGUGGUGAACAACAGCCUAUAAGAUCAGUUGCCUCAAAUGAAGAAGAGAAAGAUAACGACAUAUGCCGUCUCAGUUGCCUUGUUACAAACUGCCUUUGUACAACCAGUUGUACCACUGACGAGUCUUCCCCACCAGCUUUGAAACCUUUCCUCCGUCCAAGUUUAUUUUCCAAUGUACCUCCGACAAUACGAUUUUAUAGCAAGGAAUCAAAAGUUACAAAACCGAAUAAAGCGAUCCGCUCAAAACUGAUGUGGUGUAAAAAUAGUCUUUUACCUAUUGUUAUGCGGCAAAGUCUUGCUGCAAGUCAUUUUGCGAUAGUUGAUGAGUCAGACUUUUGGAUUGGUUACUGGGGACGGCAUUUGAAAUCAGCUCAGUAUCGAACGAUCAAGCCAUAUCAGAAGGUCAAUCAUUUUCCUGGUGCAUUUCACAUGGGACGAAAGGAUCGUCUCUGGCAACACAUAAGUGAGAUGAUUGCUCUAUGGGGUCCUGAGGAAUAUCAUAUUAUGCCGACGACUUAUGUUCUGCCACGGGAUGUCAAAAAAUUGAAAUCUUACCUUCACGGUAACCCUUCUCAUGUCGUCAUACUUAAACCGCCUGCAUCUGCCCGAGGAACAGGCAUCAGUAUUGCUAGCAAAAUUAAACAAAUUCCAAAGAAAACACCACUUGUUGCUCAGCAUUACAUUGAUCGGCCUCUAAUUGUUAAUUCCGCAAAAUUUGAUUUACGCUUAUACGUUUAUCUGACAAAUCUUGAUCCUUUGCGUAUAUACUUAUAUAAUGACGGCCUCGUUCGAUUCGCAAGUAUCCCCUAUUCUUCUGCGCUUAGUUCGAUGUCGAACAAAUUUAUGCAUUUAACGAACUAUAGUAUCAACAAAUUGGCACAAUCAGCAGGCGAACGUACAACGCCUGUGCCGAAAUGGAAAUUAUCGGAUUUUUGGGCACAUAUAGCUGAACAUGUAGAUGUAAACGUUGUUAAACCAAGGAUUACGGAUAUCAUUAUUAAAGCUGUCCUUGCUUGUGAAAGUCAUAUUCGAACGCACCAGAAAAAACACAGUUUGUAUACUUUCACAAGCCAUGAACUUUAUGGGAUGGAUAUUCUACUUGACGACACUCUUAGGCCUUGGCUAUUAGAGGUGAAUAUUUCACCUUCAUUACACUGUGCAACACCUACAGAUAUAGCCGUCAAAACGACGCUUGCAAAAGAUGUACUGAAUCUCUGUGGUAUCCAGAUUCCACCUGAUAUGACAGACAAAAAUAACACGCUAUCAAUGGAUUAUCGCGUGAAAUCAUUUGACGGUAAUAAAAGCGACGAAGAUUUGAAGAAGGAGCGAUAUCAUCUUGAAUAUUUCAAGAAGAAUAGGAAAAUUGACCGAAGGAUACUGGAUAAACUGACAGGUUGGGACGCACGAGUUUUGAUUGAAUUUGAAGACGAAUUAGAUCGUAAUGGUAAUUUCGACCUCAUAUUUCCUACUGCUGAAACGAUUGAUUACGUGAAGUACUAUAACAACCCGUUGACUUAUUCAAAUCUGUUGCUGGCGCAGUGGCAAGUGGAGCAAGAAGCACGUGGGCGGGAAAUUGGUAUAGGUAUUUUGGAAGACAUUUCGAGUAGAAGUGCACAUUUUGCUGACAUAGACAUUUUUGAAAAUGCUAACUUGAGCAGUUGA